UACAGCGUGUUGCUUCUCACAGCAGAAAGCAUAAUGAUCACUUGCUUACGAUGUGUUGCGUAUUUUGCACUGUGUUUGUUAGCUCAAGGUCAACGCAUUUCUAAACGAGAAUGUUCCAAGUUUCGUGAGCAAACGAUUCAACGAGCACAGUUCAUCUACCUCCUACCCAAUCCUGACCCGAUUUUGGUGGAAAUAUUCAACUGCUCCAAGACCAUCAAUCUUAUUGUCAAUGGAGAAGAUGCCAAACCUGGGGAGUUCCCGCAUCAAGCAUUGCUCGGCUGGAGAUCCAAAUCGAAUCCGAAGCGUUACGACUUCCUGUGCGGAGGAUCAUUGAUUAGUGAAAGAUAUGUGCUAACUGCUGGUCACUGUUUCGCACCUGGACCUCCCCAAAUCGUUCGGUUGGGAGAGAACGAUCUGACCAACGAUAAUGACAACCAGGAGGAUUAUGAAAUUGAGGACAAUAUCCUCCACCCGAAUUACAAAUUCACCGCUUCGUAUCAUGAUAUUGCGCUUAUCAAACUGGCGGAGGAUGUGACAUUUUCGUUUUUCGUUCGACCAGCUUGCUUGUGGGAUACAUUGGCCAUGAACGUUACGAAAGUAGUGGCUACCGGUUUCGGAUUUACGGAAGAGCUUAAAAUGUCCAACGUACUGCAGAAGGUUCCACUGGAUUUGUUUGCCAAGGCCGAAUGUAUCGCACAAUAUGCUGGUCAACGUAAAUUCAAGCAAGGCAUCAUCGAACAACAGCUUUGCAUUGGAAGUGAGCAUGAAGAUAGGGAUACCUGUCAGGGUGACUCCGGGGGCCCUGUUCAGAUCAUUACCGAAACGGAUGGAUGCAUCCAUCAUGUGCUGGCGGUGACCUCGGCUGGAUCGUUUUGCGGAGUCGGUCGAUCCCCCGCCGUCUACACUCGUGUUGCAAGCUAUAUCGAUUGGAUCGAAAGCGUAGUUUGGAAGUAGUGAUAACAUGUGAAUAUAGUUGUGCCAUGAAAAUUGUAAUACCGAAUUUAAGUGUUUUAUUUGAUUUGCAUUCUUUUAUUUUAUGUUUAUAUUUACAGUUUUUCCCAGCGAUCGAUAAAUCUUUCCGAUGACAUUUUCAAACUUUGCAUACUAGGGAAUUUUAAAUCCCUUCCAAAGGAAGGGACGUCAACGUAAAACAGGCUCUACAUUCCAUUUCAAUUUUGAACAAAAUUCUGUGUUUCGUUAUGUCAUCGUUAUGGUUUAUGUACCCAUCGAAUAAUAUUACUUUAACAUUGAUGUUGGAUGCAGAACCCAUAUAAGAAAUUUCCACUUGGAGUUACCGUGGAAAAUCAAACUUCGAACAUAUUAUUCAUACUUCGGACGCUUGAAUUCGUAUGGUAAAUUUUCUAAAAUAUUUCAUCAAGCUGGACCGAGCUAAUUUAAGUAUAGUUCCACUAUUGUAAUCCAUAUUAAUUUAAUGCGUC